AUGACCAUCCAUGAGCCGCCUCAUCGUCCGGACAAGGGAAAGGGUUCUAAACGAUGGGGUUGUCAAUACCUCCGUAUUGUCCGUCUCGACAGCAACCGACAUGAUCCCCAGAUGAUGAGCAAUAUGGAGAAAACAUCCACUGAUCUGCUUCUCCCCGACUUGCUGGAAGACCAGGGAGCCUACAGGCUGCGAAUGCCAUGGAUCCAGUUCCAUGAUCUCUUGACACAGUCGAGAAACUGUUGA